AUGAUUGGUGCGUCUAGCCAUUCAGGGGACACCUUGAUAGCGUGCCACUUCCCUGUGGUCCAACUUCCUUCUUGGCAGCUUCCUGUCCAGGCUCUGUGCAGCAAGAAACCUGGCCGACUUUGCUCGGUGGGCCUGACCCGAGCUGCGUCCCUCCCAGACCAGGACACGUCAACCAGAGAGCACGCCUUCACAGGUGGACGAAGACGUUUCUCCAGCAGCCACGGUAGUCUCAACGAGGAUCGAGCAGAGGAGGAAGGAACCAGCGACAGCAGCGGGAAGUACGACUCCACCUCGUCGCCAGAAGAGACGAGUUCCCGCCCGAGGCUGGAGAGCUCUGUGCGCUCACGCAACUCGUUUCUUCCGAAUGCAGAGCUCGAUGAGGAUGAGGAAGAUGAGGAUAGCGGUGGGGAUAAUCUCCACAGAUAUCACGAGGAUUCAUCUUUUGUGUUGCAUGGAAGUUCUAACUGGUCACUGAGCACUGGUGAUGUGAAUUUUACAUAUCCUGAUGGGGACCUGGACAGCGAAUGGGGCAAUGAAGGUACCAUGCUGGGCAUGGGAAGGGAUGGACCUGACCGGGUGGACUCCCUGCAGCCAGAACGCCAGCUUCACGUGAGCAGAUCUGACAUCAGUUUGGAGCAGGACUCCUACAGACCACAGGAUAACGUGUCCGUCUGCAGCCGCGGCCAGGACAAAUGCUCGUCCAGUGCUCACAUGGAGUACGGCAGUGACUCCUCCUGCAACAGCUCCGAUGGUGUUUUGGUGAACUUCUGUGCCAUCUACAACAAGAGCAACAAUCCUGCCACCCCUCAUGACCUCAGCAGUCCUGCAGUUCCCCCCUCUGAGGGCUCCGUGUUCCUCAACCUACAACCGGUUCCUCAAACACGACUUGCUCAUGACGCAACAGUUUACUCUCCCCUAAAAGAAGAAGCUGACACGAGUGAGUCCCAGUGGUCUCCUCAGGGCCUCGACUCAAACUGCAACCUUUACUCCCUAGAGCCGCAGCCCCCGGGCCUCUCUUCUCUGGAGGUUUCAGACCUGGCAGCCUGUCUUCAAAGCCAGGCCUCGCUGGCCAUAGGGACCAACCAGAAGUACUACAAGCUCGUGACCUGCGACCUCUCCUCCCAGUCACCGAGCCCAGUCUGCUCCAGCCUCACCAGCUGCCCCGCGGGGCACGGCAGAAGCAGCCCGAUCCCUCUGCCUCUUGACUUUAAAAAAGAAGAACACUCUAAAGUUGUGAAGGCAUGUGAUGACCAGGUUGCCACCACCUCCACUGACAGAGCCCCCUGCAGGAAGCAUCAUAUAGACAGCAUCCAGAACGUCUCCCACUCGCUCUGUUCCCUGUGGCCCAGCCAGUGUAGCCCACAUACCAGCAAAUACCAGUCUGCAGGAGCUGAAUCCACCCAACCAUCUGCGACUGGGAACCAAGUGCACAAUGACGCAGAUGCUACAAGAGUUACUUCCUCAAACAAAGAAGUGGUGCGCUAUAAGAAGCUCCAGAGGCCAACCUCACUGCCCAUCCAGCCGUUUGUUCUGCUCCCCGCAGAAAAACCACAGGCCCAAGCCCAGCACCUAGGGGGUCUCCUGGAGCAGUACAUCAGUCAAAAGAGCAGCAGACCUGGUGGCUCCCAGAAUGGUCUGAAGUUCAAGAUGAAAAGAAGUCAGUGUUUAUCUAAACUUCAGCCAUCACCAGUGACAAAUGACUGCCCCAUCCUCCUGGAGGCUCCAUCCAGCUCAGACACCUGCUCCACCUGCACACCGAGUCCACAAUGCCUAAGCCGCAGACACACGUGGAGCCAGUUCAGUAAAAGCCAAGGCUUGGAUCUGCAGAACUCCCAGCUGAAGCCCGUGGUGCAGAUACAAGAUAAUACAAGCCCAAACAAUGGCAAGCCUAAAAGUUUUUCCAGCUCAACCCCAAAUCAAUACAAACUUGUUAAGAUUCCCACUUACCAGAAUCUGAUGAACCUCCCUACAGAGCCCAAAUAUUCCAAUGUGUCCCUGACCAAUGCCGCCUACUGUUCAACAUCCUCUCAAACAUCACCCACAUCAGCCAAAAUGGCUGAAAACUCAAAUCAGCUUUAUACGACCUCACAACCUCAGCUGAAGUUUCAACAGCAUCAAUCUGCUCCUGCAGCUGAUAUGGGCUUUUUGCACAGCAGAGUUAAAGCCACCCUCUCCACCGUGGCUCCUGUCUCAUCUUUAAGCUCAUUCCUCGCCUCGGCCACUUCACGCCUGCAUCCCAAACAAAUCCAGGGCACUGCUGGGCUCCAUUUGAGGCCAAAUCAGAGUCAACACAGCCAGACUGUCAUCCCAAGUGACAGGCCGCCCAUGGAGUUCUGCCAGUCGCCUGACAUAUCAUAUGAGUCAAUGUCUAUCAGUCAUCUUCAGAGGAAAGGUCUGCUGAGGUCUGUGAGCAGCGCUGUGGAUUUGAUCGUGGCUUAUUUCGGCCGCAGCAGAGACCCAGAGGAAAAGAUGCGUCUGGGCAACAGCUCCUGUAGUCCCUCUGUUGCUGAUCUGGUCCUGGGACACCUGUGUCCUGCAAUCCAGAACAUUUUAGAGGAUGGCCUGAGGGACCACAAGCUAGAUUAUGUGAUCGGGCAGAGCCGCAAUCAUUCCUGGAAAGUGGUGGAGAUUUCCACAAGAAUAGGUCCAACCACCAGGAUCCUUCAUAGCCUGGUCUCAAAGAUCAGGCAUUGUUCUGAACUCAGCAGCCACAGUAUGAGAGUGAGAGCCUUCAUCAUGGGCCUUCUGAACUUGAGGUCUUUGGAGUUCUGGCUCAGUCACCUUCAGAGUCAAACAGACGUGGUGACCACAUACUACCACUCCUGGGGGUUCCUGUUCGUGUCGUUGGGCCAGUGUCAGCCCUUGUUUCAGGAGCUGCUGCUCCUUCUGCAGCCACUGUCUGUGCUGCCCUUCGACCUCAACUUGGUCCUGGAGACGCAGCUGUUGCGUCACAGACAGCUGUGCUCAAUGGAUCGGGACGCUUUCCCACCUCAGCCGUGCUCAGCUCCUCUAAUGAGCAGAUGGCCGAAGCAGCAAACUGACAGAAGGGCAGAAAACAGCUACAACAGGCAGAGCUUAAGCUGCUACAAGGAACAACAUGGAGACGUCUGUGCCUGCAGAAGUCCAGUAUCACCUCCUGCUUCAGAGUGUUUGUCCCACGAGUUUGAUCCUGUGAAUAUCGGGGCGAAUUCAGUGAACGACAGAGAGUUCCUGUCAGAGCAGCCGGCGCUGGGCCCGACUGUUCGGAGCAGCUUCUACCAGAGCAGAGAAAAGUUCUGGAGCACAGAACGAGAGGUGCAGAUUACCAUCUCAGUGGCUCCAUUUGGACCGAUCUCAGCUUGGACUGUUGGUCCAGUCCAUCCGGUCGUUAAAGCUAGGAGGGGCUCAGACUUUAACGAGCUGCUGAAAAGUGAAGCCUCUUUAGACAAUCGGCGGACUCUGGACUAUUUACUAUCGUAA